UCAUUGAAACUUGGUUCGAAUCGAUCCGCGAACCGCCAUCUCCAACACCAAACAAGUUGCCACAUUAAAUGGCCAAACACCAAGUUUCAAAUGCCGAGGCGCCAAAGUUGCUGGCAGCAGUGCAGAAGACCUAUCGGCCGCACAACCGACAACAGUCUGCGGCAGUUGAGCAAAGCGAACGGACGUGUAAAGCGGAUAGGGCGCAAAGUGUUGACGGUUCAACAGUUGAAUUUUGAGUAUCGAGUGGCCAGCAGCAACGAAGCAAAGCAUUCGAAGCACACGGAGUGGUAAAUUUGUGCUUUAAACCGAAAAAUAAAAUAAUAUAGUUGCAAAUAUAUUUUUUUUGCGAUUUAAAAAUAAUUCGACUUGAGUUGUUAUUCUACUGCUAGCGCAAUUUCUGCUGGCCUGUAUGCUCGUAACGGAUGCAGCGAUAGACUGCGUAUGCACACAUCAACAGUUGGGCAUGCUCCGUCGAGUAGGACGGUCGUUGGUCGGCUGCCAGCACGAGAACCCAUAUAGAAUUUUAACGCGCGCCGGCAAGUGUGCGAAAGUGCAAAGUGAAAAUGUGUGCAAGAAAAUGCGGCAUGCCACAAAGAAGAAAGUGACUAGCCGCCAGACGAUAACCCCUACGGCGACGAAGUCGAAGAUGACGUGCGCGAUAACUGCGGAACCGCGUCGCGGGGCAUGUAAACGCUCUAUAUGGCCCAUGAACUUGUUGUGGUGUCUGCUAGUAGUCGCCUCGCAGGUAAACGGGUUAAACUACAUCGAUGACACAAGUACAGCAGUGGCGGGCACGUCGGAAGCCAUGGCUCAGGCGAUGGGUCUGUAUGGCGCGCGCGAACCGCGUUUCGGUGACCGUUUGCUGCCGCUGCGCAAAAAGGCCGGUGCAAUAGUGGCGAAUGUGACGCCGAGUCAAAGGCAAGUUAAUAGCCUCUUGAGUAAAAGUAAUUAUGUGGUGAGUUACGUGAGUGGAAAUAGUGCAAGUGGCGCGGCAGCUAGUGUGAAAGCGUUGGCACGUGCCACAGCCGCAAACUCGACUACCGAAGUGAAUAUAUUGCGCAAUAAUAGCGCAAGUGGCGUUAGCGCCGCCAGUGUGAGUGUUGAACCGAAAAUCGAAUUAUACACAAUGGACUUAGGCGUCGAACAGGCUCACUACACGGCUGCACCAGCGACAACGCAACGCCGCAGCAAGCAGCUGAGUAGGCGCGAGGAUACAAAUAUAGGCGGACUGCUGCUGGACUCCACCACGCCCAGUUUAAGUAGCAAGGAUGCGAACAUCUCCAAGGCGGACCGCCUCGUCGUCAUGUCCACUGAGUUCUUUGUCGUGCCGUCCAGCACACCGUCACCGCGUGGUGCGCACAAGCCAGGCACGCCAGCACGCACAGGUGCCAAGGCAGCCGUGCUACCCACCUACCUACAACCACCUCCUUCGGGCGCGUCCGCUGGCGGACCACGCUCGGUGUUAAUUGUAGCACCCAAGCCAGCAAACGCGACCUCAAACACAGCGCACACGGGACACGCCGCAGUAUCGCCGUCCAUGGUGCCAACACACCUGCCCUUCACUGGACUGCGCAAGGAGCCGUGGGUGGUGCCGGUGUUGGUAUUGGCUGCGCUCACCAUGCUAAUGAUGACCGCCUUUGAAAUCUUCGUGCUGUUCAAAGCGUGGCGCACUUCGCCCUCACGUCGUCAUCUCUUCCUCGGACAGAUGUUGCUGCUGGGACUUUUCGCCUGUGCCGGGCUGGGAGCCGUGUUGACGGCACAACCUUCCCUGCUUACCUGUGGCACCAUACGUUUUGGUGUGGGCGUUGCCUACGCGCUGGUCUUCGCUGCGCUGCUUGUCAAAUGCGUCUUCCUCAUCAGUCUAAAUGGUGGCGUCUAUCUACCGGCGCCCUACCAAGGCCUGCUGCUGUUAUUCGCUGUGCUCAUACAGGUCGCCAUAGGCACACAGUGGCUGCUCACCCAGCCGCCUGAGAUUUACACGCAGAGUGUGCCUAUUUUGGGCAACAGCCUGCUGGCACCGACCAUAGCUUCCAGCAGCGCCACAUCGGCAGCGCAGACCUUCGCAGUGCUCUUCCAGUCACACAACCCCGCGCCGACCAUUGCGCCCUCAGCAGCUGCGGUAAGCUCAAGCUUGGGCGCAGAUUUGUACGCGCGCAUCACGGCUGCUAGCACCGUGCUGAUACCGCUGUGUAAGACACAAUUCUCGGAGCUGCUCUUCUCGCUUAUCUACAUCGUCUUCCUCAUCGUGUUCGUCGCCGUCUUGGCCAUAAAAUCGCGCGGCAUACGCGACAACUACCGCGAGGCCACCUACAUCGGACUGGCCAUUGGCGGCGCCAUACCCAUUUGGCUGGGUUGGAUGCUGUGCGGCCUGGCGGUGGCGGAACGGCACAAGGAUGCCUGCAUCGCUUUCGGUCUAAUCGCGACAUCGGCAACUGUUUUCUUGGUGAUGUUCAUGCCGAAGGGCCGACAAUUGGCCGCCAUGGGCAAGGAGGGCCUAUACGUGGAGGAUCGAGAGGAGCAAUUCAGCUCGCUUAGUCGUGCUGGCUCCGGCUAUUCGCCCUCAUUUUUUCACUUUAAGCCAAUCAAGUACGGAGUGAUGGGCGGAGGCAUGCAAAAUUCGGCGACAAAUACGGGGAACGGCGCCAGCAUGAAGCACUGCUCGAAUGGGCUGGGCGGAGGAGAUCGUGUUGCCUUGGUCACCGCUGCACCACCGAGCUACACACGUAUGUAUCACUAUUUUCCAGCACAUUUAUCAGCGCACCCGUUUUGUUUUUACCCACAACCCCCACCACCACCGCCACCACCAAUUCCACCGCCAACGUUGACACAAUUGCCUUCACCACCGACACUCAAACAAUUGGGCAAUUCCCUAUCGUCAAUGACACAAGCACACAUCGCACAGACACUCCGGUAUCCAGGUCUAUUUAUACGACCCGAUGAGACCAAUCUUUACACGACGCUGGAACCAACACUGAGCAGUAAUCCGAACGUGUACUUUCAGCGAGGCGGUGCAGUACAUCCGGGUAUGAUGUACUAAGAAUACACUUUCCGACCGUAAAGGAAAAUCACAAAAAUCUAACGAUUAAACUAUGCGCGAAAGAAGAUCAGUUAGCUGGCGGAGUAUAUUCAUUCGUACCAGCAACCGCUCGACAGCCGAGCACUGAGCAACUCAAAGUAUAAAAGUAUAACUUAAAUGCAAUACGAAACGCUAAAGUAAGUUGAAAACUCAUAAAGUAAUUUUAUUAUUAUUAUUAUUUUUAUCGAAAUAAUUUUAAUUUAAUAUUAAGAAGUAAAAUAUUAAAUGUACAUAUGUACUUAAAUAUACAUAAGUACAUACAUAUGUAACGAAGGCACUCGUUUGAUAGAGGAAGUACUCCACAGUGCACAUCUGCUCCCAGGGAGUGUAAGCGAUAAGCAAAACUUUAAUUUUAAAUGUCAAUCAUAGCUUAAAUAUUUACAUUUUUAUAUGUAUGUUUAUGUAAAUGAAGUUAAGCUUAAGCGAAAAUAAAUCGAAAUUUGAGAAGGAAUUUUAAAAACUUAGUUUUAGUGCUAAAGAAGGAAGUGAAAAGUUACAAAAACAAAAAAAAAAUGCUCGCCCAAAGCUGAAGACUUGAAUUUUAUUUUUAUUUUUCUAUGUAAGCACAGACAUACUUGUUUUACUUAUAAACUUAAGAUACACAACACUCAUAGCGAAUUAGGGGCAAUUAAAGUUAUUUAGGCACAUAUAAAUGCAGUAGUUGUAAGUAUGUAUUUAAGUCAAGGAAGUUAAUAUAUAUGUAUGUAUAUGUUAUAUGUAUGUACAUACAUAUGUAGCAAAAAAAAAUGGCUAAGAGCAGUAAGAAAUUAAGUUAAGCUCAUUUAAUGUUCCAUAAUUUUCACGCGAUUAUUAGCGCGCUGCCCAAUUAGUGAUGGCCGAUUAACAGCGAGUACAUACAUAAAUGCGAGUAGCAUAGCGAGUGAAACGGAAAGUGGCAGCGCUGCAGCGCAGCGCGAUGCGUAAACGAGCAACGAAAGCCAAUGGGGAGUUCGACUGUUCAGGCAUUGAGGAGUUUACUUGGCGGCGUGGCAUAAACCACAGAGCGGCACAGUGAAAGCGCUUAAUUGCGUAAGCUGAUGGGCAAUGUGAAGGCAAGCAAAAUUUAACGAUGGAGAAG